AUGGGUCGCAAGUUCAUCGUCGGAGGCAACUGGAAGUGCAACGGCACCCAGGAGUCUAUCAAGAAGCUUGUUGGCGUGCUCAACGGUGCUACUGUUCCCAGUGGCGAUGUUGUCGAGGUCGUCAUCGCUCCUCCCGCCAUCUACAUUCCUCUCGUGAAGGCCGAGCUGCGCAAGGAUUUCGCCGUUUCUGCUCAGAACGCCUGGGUCAGCAAGGGCGGUGCUUUCACCGGUGAAGUGAGUGCUGACAUGCUUGUGGAUCUCGACAUUCCCUGGGUCAUCCUUGGCCACUCCGAGCGGAGAACCAUCAUCAAGGAAUCCAACGAGUUCGUCGCGGACAAGGUCGCGUACGCUCUGAGCAAGGGCUUGAAGGUCAUCGCGUGCAUCGGCGAGUCCCUGGAGCAGAGGGAGAGCGGCGAGACUGUCGCCGUCGUCUCCGCCCAAGUCAAGGCCAUUGCAGACAAGAUCACCAAGUGGGACGAUGUCGUUCUCGCGUAUGAGCCCAUCUGGGCCAUUGGUACCGGCAAGGUCGCCACGCCUGCUCAAGCCCAGGAGACGCAUGCUGACAUCCGCAAGUACGUCGCUGAGAAUGUCAGCGCUGAUGUGGCAGCUGCUAUUCGGAUUCAAUAUGGAGGCUCUGUGAACGCUGCUAACUGCAAAGAGCUCGCUGCUCUUCCUGAUGUCGAUGGCUUCCUUGUUGGUGGAGCUGCUCUCAAGCCUGAGUUUGUUGACAUUAUUAACUCUGCCACUUCUUCUUCGUAG